ACGAGUGGUACCUUUUGAUCCAUUGAAACCCAAGACAUCUUUCUUCCUUCCUCCUCUCCUCUUUCAUUCGAUCGACAUCCUCGAAGACACACUUCAGUCCUCGAGUCCACCUUCCCAUUGAGUCGACACUUGAGCAACAGCUCCAACACACAUCCACCAUGCGUUACUCACUCGGUCUUAUGGGCCUUGCUGCCCUGGCGGCUGCAUCGGAUGUCGCCGACCUGAACAAGGACACCUUCCCGGCCUUCAUCAAGGACAACGACCUCGUCCUCGCCGAGUUCUUCGCGCCAUGGUGCGGUCACUGCAAGGCGCUCGCGCCAGAAUACGAGGAGGCUGCCACGACAUUGAAAGAGAAGAACAUCGCAUUGGCCAAGGUCGACUGCACCGAGCACCAAGAUCUGUGCCAGGAGUACGGCGUGGAGGGAUACCCAACCCUCAAGAUCUUCCGCGGCGCGGACAACGUUGCUCCAUACUCGGGCCCUCGCAAGGCUCAGGCCAUUGUCUCAUACAUGACCAAGCAGCAGCUACCUGCUGUGUCGGAGCUCACCACCUCGACCGCUCUCGAUGAGUUCAAGACCGCCGACAAGAUUGUCAUUGUUGGCUACUUCGCCGCCGAUGACAAGAAGUCCAACGCUACCUUCAACGAGGUCGCCGAGGCGCACCGUGACUCUUACCUCUUCGGUGCUACUUCUGAUGUCGCUCUCGCCGAGGCAGAGGGUGCCGUCCAGCCAUCCAUUGUCCUUUACAAGACCUUCGAUGAGGGCAAGAACACCUUCGCGGAGAAGUUUGACAAGAAAGCCAUCGAGGAGUGGGCGAAGACCUCUGCUACUCCAUUGAUCGGCGAGGUCGGCCCAGAGACCUACUCUGACUACAUGGCUGCCGAAAUUCCUCUCGCCUACAUCUUCGCCGAGACCCCAGAGGAGCGUGAGGAGUUCGCCAAGGACCUCAAGCCAGUCGCUGAGGCGUACAAGGGCAAGAUCAACUUCGCUACCAUUGACGCCGGCUCUUUCGGCCAGCACGCUAGUAACCUCAACCUCGCGUACCCAUACGCCGACGCCGGUUCCGCCAAGAAGCUCAGCGCAAAGAACAUUGGAAAAUUCGUCAAGGACUUCGUUGCUGGCAAGAUUGAGCCAUCCAUCAAGAGCGAGCCGAUCCCAGAGAAGCAGGAGGGUGUCCACGUCGUCGUGGCCAAGAACUACCAGGAGGUCGUCAUCGACAGCAAGCAGGAUGUUCUCCUCGAGUUCUACGCUCCAUGGUGCGGACACUGCAAGUCGCUUGCUCCCAAGUACGACGAGCUCGCCGGCCUGUACAAGCCUCACCUCGACAAGAUCAUCAUCGCCAAGGUCGACGCUACCGCCAACGACGUCCCAGACGAGAUCCAGGGUUUCCCUACCAUCAAGCUCUUCAAGGCUGGCUCCAAGGACGCUCCAAUUGCCUACGACGGCGACCGCUCCAUUGCGGAUCUCUCCAAGUUCAUCAAGGAGAACGGAUCUUCCGGCGUCUACGUCGAGUACAUUGAGCCCGAGGUUUCCGAUCCCGUUGACACCGAGGGCAUGCCUGCGCAAGCUGCUGCCGCUACUGAGAAGGCCAAGGAGGGCGUCAAGGAGAAGGUCAAGGAGGCCGCUCAGGCCGCUUACGAGGCUGUGACUGGUGAUGAGGACCUCGAUGAGCACGACGAGCUUUAGAGGAAGAGAGCAGUGCUGUUUGACUGAUUCGGAAGGCGAAGAAUGGGUGUCCUGAGUGUUCAAUCUGACUGAGGAUUAUCUCUUGGACUAUUCAAUGUGAAGUAACGAUCUGUCUUUGCUGUAUUGUUCUUUCUAGGAAUCAAAAGGAGCAUCGUUUGUCUUUCG